AUGGCUAACCUCCUGCACAUCGAGUCCAACAUCCUCCCAGUAGGCAGUCGGUGGAUCGUCCUCGUCGGACUCGGCGCCGCCCUCCUCAUAUCGUUCAUCGACCAGAAUGCCGUGUCGAUCAUCCUCGCCGACCUGGGUACCGACCUGAGGGCGGGCGAUUCCAUAUCUUGGGCCGGCACUUCGGCACUCAUCGCCAAUACCGUCUUCCAGGUGUUCUAUGGCAGGAUAUCGGACAUCUUCGGGAGGAGGAACGUGCUUCUGGCGUGUAUGGGACUCAUGGCGCUUGGGGACUUGCUGUGCGGCUUUGCUACGAGUGCACCCCAACUUUACCUGUUUCGCGGAAUCGCCGGGGCUGGCAACGGUGGUGUCGGGGCUCUAGCCAACAUCAUUGUCGCCGACACAUGGACCCUUGAAACACAAAGGCCCAAGUACCAAGGCAUUCUGGGAGCCUUCAUCGGCCUGGGAAGCGUCAUCGGCCCGUUCCUAGCGGCAGCGAUCGCCAACUCGUGGAAAUGGCAGGGGUUAUUCUGGGUCAUCAGCACCAUAACCUUCGUCUGCGGCAUCGCCGUGCGGCUCACGGUGCCGGAGAGCGAGAUCCGAGACGCGUCGGGCCACAGGCCGUCGGUCAAGGCCAAGCUCGCGCUGGUCGACUGGUGGGGGCUGCUGUCGAGCUCUCUGGGCAUCAUCCUCCUGCUGAUCCCCAUCUCGUCGGGCGGCGAGGAGUUCGCCUGGGACUCGGCGGUCUCGGUCUCGACGCUGACGCUGGGCGCGCUGCUCAUGGUCCUGUUUGUCGUCAUCGAGUGGCGCUGGGCCGCGAUGCCGCUGCUGCCGCACCAGUUCUUUACGAACCCGCCGGUGUGCGCGAUUAUGGUGCAGAAUGUCUUCAUGGGCGCCGUGUGGUACUCCGGUCUGUACUUCAUACCCAUCUACUGCCAGGGCGCACGGCAGUGGUCCCUCAUGCAAGCCGCCAUUCUCACGACGCCGCUCUUGGGGAGCCAGGCCAUUGUGUCGAUUCUCUCGGGACUGUACAUGUCGCAUUACAAUAGUUACGGGGGCGUCAUAUGGUGCGGGUACGGGCUCUGGACUCUGGGCAGCGGCCUCACGUUGCUGUGGGACGACACCACCACACCAGGCGUCGUGGUGGCGACCCUCCUCGUCAUCGGCACGGGCGUAGGCCUGGUGUUCCAGCCGACGAUCCAGGCCCUGCAAGCCCACACUGCAAAGGAGGACCGCGCAGCCGUCAUCUCGGUCCGCAACUUCACGCGAGCGAUGGGCGGUGCCGCGGGUCUCGCCAUCUCGACCGCCGUCUUCGCCAGCCAGAUCGAGUCGGGCGUCGCGUCCCUGCCUGCCGAAGCCCGGCGGCGCGUCACGGAGGAAAUCAUCUCCGUGCCGGACUUGAAGACGUUCACGGAAGACGAGGCUCGGACGGUGACGGGGGCUCAUAUCGCCGGGUCGCGGGCUGUAUUUCUGAUGUGGGUCGUGCUGAUGGCCAUCUGUCUUGCGCUGUGCGUCUUCAUCAAGGACCGUGGCCUCACGCGAGAGGUGGUUGGCGAGAGUGAGGAUACGGAGGAUAAAGAUUCUAGUGAAAAUCGCUCAGGAUCUACAUCCCGUAACGAGGAAGUCGGUCCGGUCAACCAAUUGUUUGCGAGCCAGGGCACUGGCGCGGAUUUGGGCGAGACCUCGCGGGUGGCUUCGAGUGGUUCGUAUCCGGAUAGUGUACAUGGUACUAAGAAGGAGUCUGCUGGGGAAAGGGUUUAG